GCGUUUGCGGCAACGAAAAAGUAAGACGGAAGAGAGAAAAAGCACUCGAGCAAAGUUCUUUCAUUUGCAUCAAACAGUUUAGAGUUAGUGCUUCGUCGCGAAUUAAAGACCGAGUUGAUCGCUUUAAGUCAAUUUCAGUUCAAGCCAGCAUGCAUAAUUUAUAAUACGUACGAGUGCGGGGUUGCCUACUAUCAACUGUAUUCAUUCAAAAUAGGAUGGAGAAGUGUGAGGAUUCAGGAACAGGCACUUUACUUGAAAAUGAGUUAAUUGAGACAAAGAAUCAUGAUGGCAGUAAAUCUAUCUUCACCCGUGUUAGAACCUUCGUUGCUUUUUUAUCGCUGCUUCAACUUGUACAAGUUAUGGGUAGCGGGUACAAUAAAAGUGCUCUUACAUCAAUUGAACGUCGAUACCAACUAACUACCUUCACUGUUGGAAUAUUACAAAGUUGUUUUCAUAUUGGGAACCUCAGUGUUAUUCUCUUCGUUAGUUAUUUCGGAUCAAAAUGGCACAGGCCAAGGGUUAUUGCAUUUGGGUCUUUGAUCAUGGCAAGCUCCUGCGUUAUGUCUGCUCUGCCGCAGUUCGCUGGCGGUAGAUACGGAUCGAGGUAUCUCAAGUGCGAGGAUUCUGCUAUGUUUAUCGAUCAAACAACAGGCACGGGCGAGCCAUACUUGAAUUUGCCAGCGCCGUUGAAUGAGACAAAAUAUCAAUCAAGAUACGAUAGUUUGAACUUGCCCGAUGUCAAAAUGGCAGCGGGGGAUGAAGCUAAAAUUAAAACUAGAUUUCACGCAUCGAGUAAAAUGAUAAACGAACCAUCAACGCUACGAAGUGAAAGUUUUGAUGAACCGGUUACUCUUUGUACGUCUGGCCCCCCCGUGCUCCCAAGCACAACAGAGAACAAAGCACGCCGUGAAAGUGACAUGCACAAUUCAUCUCUCUACAUAUUUAUCGCAGUUGGAAAUGUCCUGAAGGGAAUCGGACAUGCCCCGCUCCACCCAUUAGGAAUCUCCUUUAUCGACGACUACGCUACACCAGCCAAUUCAGCUGUUUAUAUCGGUGUAAUAUCAGCUCUUUCUUUACUCGGGCCUGCAUUUGGUUUCAUGCUUGGCUCACUUACUACUAGCGUGUGGGUGGACAUUGGUUGGGUGAAUGUCACCACUGUGUCUAUUACCCCACACCACCCCUCAUGGGUCGGGGCCUGGUGGGUGGGGUAUCUUGUUAUCGCCUUCAUGAUGGUGUUAGUCACAAUACCACUGUGUAUGUUUAACCGUGUUAUACGCAAAGAGAACGCCGAGGAAGAAACACACGGUUGCAUUUGUUCAAGCAGUAGUUGUUUCCCUGGAACCAGCAUGUCAGAUAAAACAAAUGAAGUUGACUUACUGAAUCAUAACGAAAUCAAAGAGGAAGAUAUAUCAAAAAGAUGUCAACCUUCUCGAAGGUUUACUAUGGAGGUUCUUAAUUCAAUUCACGAGGACGAGUUUUUCGGCGAGUAUAAGCCGAAGAGCAACCAAGAUAGACCACCAAGAGUGGUUUCUCUCAUCGCUUAUUUAGAUGAAGUCAAAAGUGUGAAAAGUUCUGUUGAGUCCCUUCAUGCAUGUGACGUGUCGUGUCGUCGUUCGACGUCGGCUCCUGUCAUCCGCUCUAAGGGGGACCACGUGACAACUGGGGACGUGCGUCACGAAAAUACGAAGUCAGUAGACGUGACAAGCAACAAGCUGUCAUUAGCCGAUUUCGGCUUGACGUUGAAAGGACUGUUAAGAGAUCCUGUGUUUAUGAGUAUCACAACUGGUUUUGUGAGUCUAACAAGCUUUCUCGCUGCUUCUAUAACCUUUAUUGCAAAAUACAUGGAAACCCAAUUCGAACUCACAGCUUCGUUGGCCAAUCUUUUACACGGAUGCGUGAAUCUUCCUAUGGCUGUAAUUGGAAACAUUCUUGGUGGUUGGAUAAUUAGAAGAAAGAACCUUGAUGUACAGAAGACACUCUCUGUCAUUAUAAUCGGCCUUAUUGUGACAAUUGUUUCAGUUGGGCUGUUGUUUAUGUUCGGUUGCGACGAAAACGACAUUUUAGGCUUAGCGGAGCCACAAAGAUCUGACUGUGUUAAUGACUGUGAUUGCGGUGACGUAUUCGAUCCGGUGUGUGACGUCACUUCAAAUGUGACGUAUAAUUCUCCUUGUCAUGCCGGAUGCAAGAGAACAGAAUACAUUAAUGGAGUUCAGGUUUUCUUUGACUGCUCCUGUAUAGCCGCAGAAAACAGGAACGCUUCAAUUCAACUCACAAAGGGCUCAUGUAAACGAAGUCCAUGUUGGAACGAACUCAUAAUCUUCCUUAUAUUAAUGGCUGCAGCGAGUAUGUUUGCCGGAGUGUCCGCCACACCGUCCACGCUUACUAUUCUACGCGUUGUUGACCCCUCGGAAAAGGGUUUUGCAAUCGGUAUUGUCUUCGUCUUCACUCGAUUUCUUGCAUGGAUACCUUCACCUGUUUACGUGGGGUCUGCGUUGGACUCGGCAUGUUUAAUUUGGUCGUCUUCCUCGGUGGAUGGGAAUUCAAAUGAAGAUCAUCAACGUUGCCGGGUGUACAACAACAAUAUUCUCAGGCGGAAUUUCUUUGGACUAGUUGGUCUUCAAUUAUUAUUUGCUGUUGUUUUUUAUUUAAUCGCACUUUACCUUGUCACCAAGAGCCUGCGGAACAGAGACGUUGAAAUUUGCAAAGACGAAAUGCCAGAAUCUGUCUAGUGUUGUGACUAUCUUAUGCUUUGAGCUAUAUAGAAGCUAUAUGCGUUUGUCUUCAUGGCGGAAGCAAUUUGUAGGAUAUAUUGUACUACUUUUCUAUUUCAAUUAUCACAAUAAAGUUUCACCUCUACAAGA